UAAAGCAUUCCCUCACUUCAGAGUGCCGCUUUUGAAGCCUCACAUAUAGUAAAGCUAGUGGAGACGACAACCACCGACUUGGAUGGUGGUGGUGGUGGUUGGGUCGGAGGAAACGGGCGGGCGGUAGCGUUGAAUGUGGGGGUCCCGCGUUACGCUUGUGGACGUUUUGUAUUUUUUUUUUCAAUUUUUUUUUCUGUUGCGAUUUCUUAGGGGGCUCUGCUGACGAUGGCUGGGCUCACAUGGAAUGCCGCCUCGAUGUGAGUUGGUUUUUUUUUGUCUUGAAUCUUUUUAGUCGUGUGUCGGAAGUCAGUCACAUAGCGUGCUCCUAAAUUUUAUUAUUAUCAAAAUAUCAAUAAAGUGUCGAGUUGUUGCGAUCCGAUGACAAGCAGUUGCUGUGUAUCGCCUUUGCCACCGUUUUGAAGAAAGAAGAGCGAGAAUUAUAUUUUGUUUUUUUCGAUUCGCAUUCGCAGUUCGCACCGACAAAAAGAGUGAAGUCUCGAGAACUCUCGUUGAAGACGAAGAUUCUUUUAAAUAUCCCUUACAAAAAAAAUCGAAUUUUUAAAACGCGCAAAUUAACGCGAAUAAUUUUGUAUUGUUAUUGAAAAAGCGAACGCAAAAUCGUUUGUUUAUUUGUUUAUUGUUUUUUUUUGUGUUUUAUUCUAAAAAUAAAAUACAAGUUCAUUUGAUUAAUUGUUGAAAUGAAAGUCGGUGGCGGUCUUGCUUUUUAUUAAUUAGUUAAAUUAGUUUGUCGGAGAGGGCGAAAGUCAAAAAGUGACACACUGAACAACUUUCGGUUUUAAUCGGAUUUAUUUGACUUGAUACUUUAAUGGUUUAGUGUUGUUUAAAUAUUCAAGUUUUGUAAAAUAAAAUUUAAAAAAAUCACCAAAUUAAAAUACAUGUUCUAUACAAUUUUAAAAUUGAAUUUAGAAAACUAGUGCACCGACGGAAAACGCAUCUAAUUUUACACACAAUUGGAAAAGUUUAAAUUUUUAAAAAUUCUUUAAAAAAUAUAAAAGUGCAAACAGAAUCAGAAUAUUUUGGAUUUUUUCAACACCUGUCUGAAUAACAAAAGUUACUAAUAUUUGCGGACAAUUUCUAUCAUGCCACUGAGCGCCAUCAGUCAACGACGACGACGACGCCAAUGACGCCACUGCCAUCACUAUACGAAUAUCUAAUCAUCAAUCAUAAAUCAAAUGCGCACACCCAAUCAUGUCGCUGCUGAUCGCUCAACUAAGCUCCGCUGAACGAACACCUCAUCACAUCCUGACGCAGCAUCAUCAUCCAUCAGUUGUGGCCACAGUGGCAGCGGCGGCGGCAGCUUCAGCAGUGGGCUACGAUAGCCCCCCAUCACCAUCGCCAUCAUCGUCAUCGGCUUCAGCUUCAGCUUCAGUCUCGGCAGUCUCACCUUCAACCACAAGAUCAACAGCAGCAAUAGGAACGUCAGCAACAGCAGCAGCAGCAGUGGCAGAGGCAGGUGUUAAUGACCAGCACACUGUUCGUAGUGCUGGCGGCACUCUAGUCAGUGUAGAACAACCUCUCGACUUUACGGUCUCGAAAUUGACUGUUGCCACUUCAAUGGUAACCACUAACAACACAUUAGCCACUAGCAGCGGCAUCAGCAGCAGCAGCAGUGGAAACACCAGUAACAAUAAAUUUCUAACCGAUUUGACGUCAUCAUUAUCGCAUGCAGAUACUAUGAGUCGACUUCUGGCCAUGGAUAUGAAGGCGUUCAAGGUCGAUACUGCUAGCAUAGAGGAUUUAAAGGGUGAAGAUGUCAUGAGUGGGAAAAAUCAACAACAACAUCAAGAACAACAGGCACAAUUGCUUCAAAAGCUACCACCAAUCAAUCCUUGGUGUCCAUUAAUGCUGACACCAUUGACAUCCACCUCAAUGACUUCAUUACUCCCAUCAUCAUCAUCAUCGACAAGGCAUCAGCAUCAUCAUCAACAUCACAGUCAUCAUCAUCAGCAGCAACAGCAACAGCAGCAGCAGAACAAUCAUCCUGCUUCAUCUAAUCACCAUCAAAUGAGUACGGAAGCCGAGUUCCAUCAAAAUACCCACGAACCAGAUCUUCAGAGCCAAAGCCAAAGCCAGACACAACAAACCAUUGACAUCCGGCAACAGCUUCAGCUCCACCAACAACAACAACAAAUUCCCAAAACAAUACCAAUUCCAUACGCAACGCACAUUGCCGGGAAUAAUCAAAUCUCAAACCCUCCAACCUCAACUUAUUUGACAGCCCCGUUAUCGUCUGCAGUAACAACAAAUCUUUCGGCAUCCCUAACGGCGGCGGCGGCGGCAACGACCUUUCUAAUUUCUUCUCAUCAGCACCAGCACCAGCAACAACAACAACAGCAGGCGAAAUUCCUGAUGUCUAGCGUUAGCUAUCCCCACCAUCAUCCCCAUUCUCAUCACCAAAUAACACCACCAAAUUCACCGUUGCCACAUCUCUUUCUGGGUGCUCCUCCGCCCCCACCACCACCGACGGGUGGAAAAGCUUUCUACUCCACCACCCGGAUGCCGGCAACAACAACGGGUCGACACAACUUGGGUUCCACAAUUCCGUCAUUUAACGAACUAAUGUUCCACCAUCAACAGCUCCAGCCUGCCACUCAAUAUUCCAAGGACACGUUGUCGACGUUGUCUUCGUCGGCAAUAGUAAGCAGUAGUUCCCGCCACACGCCGUACUAUCACCCACCAAUUCCGCCCACCAAUACCACCCUCAACGCCAGCUCCGUACAAAACUUAAUGACCUUUGCGACAACGACGACGGCAGAGACCGACACCGACACCGACGCCACCAUCGUCGCUACAACCAACCUGCCACCCACAAUGCUACCUCCACCUUCAACCACCAACAACAGUGGUCAGGAACAUUUCGGCACGAUGGCAAUGGCCGACGAGGAUACUGAUGAUGUUGGCUCUGUUGGAGCUGCUGGAAGAACAAGUGGCGGUGUCGGUGGCGGUGGUGGAGCAGUAGGAGGUCCUCCUCUCGUUGUCCCUGAACACGAGAAAAUUAUGUUCGUUUCGCAUUUUCAUGAGAGAGAUCGACUGAUUAGGGAGCACCAAUUCCAACAGCAGAAACAUCGUAUGGAAAUGAAGGGAUGUGGCAGCGGCAGUGGCAAUGGCGGCGGCAAUGGUGGCAGAAAACGAGUUCGAGAUCUCCUUAAUUCACAAAAUGACGAACUUCACAUUAAACAAGAACGCAAUGAAGAUGAUAAUGACGAUGAACAUGAACUUGAAGACGACGACGGGGAUGAAGAUGAAAAUGAGCAUGCCACUGAUGUUAUGAUGGUCUCGCCCGAUAGUAAACAAAGUCGAAUUGGUUUUAUUGGGGUUGGAGUUGGGGAUGCUUCGGAUGAACUGAUGGUGGCUGGGGGUACUUAUUCCCAUGUGAAUCAAGCAAAUUUCAAUGCUGUUCAAAUAAAAGACAGUGGAGGCGGGGUUAAAGAUAUUAAUCGGAUGUCAAAAACACCAUCACCGUUACCAUCCAUAUCAGGUUGUGCUGAGAGCUGUGAUGAGUUAAGUGACAGGGAGCGGUCACCAUCUCCGAAGAAUCUUAGCAAGAAGAACAUAUUAGUCGAAGGCGUGCUCAAUCUUGCCCAAUCCCGAGAUUCACCAUCACCGAAGAGACUUCGCACUCCUAAGAGAUCUCCAUCGGUGCAUCAGCGAUCUCCGUCAGUGCAGCGCUCGCCCACGACUCACCGUUCUUCUACUCCACAGAAUUCUCUACCUCCACCACCUCCACCGCAGGGACUUCAGUUACCUUGCCCGAGUCCAAAUAGCCAUCAAAAUAUUCAAGCCACACUGGCUGCCCUGCAAAACCCUCUGGGGCCAUUGUUGAUGCAAAACCAAUUUGGGUUAGCAGCUGCCCUCAAUCCACAAGACAUUCAGCAAGCUUUCCAGGCCCAGAUUCAGGGCUACAUUGAAAUGAUGAGGACAGUGACUCCGGAGAGCAAUUUGAAUAGUCCAGCUGCGUCACAGUUCCUAAUACAAAACUCCCUCCAAGCUAUGGCUCAAGCUGCUCAGCAGCAGUUCCACGCCCUGCAGAGACAACAACAACAACAGCAGCAGCAACAGCAAAGCCAAAGUCAGUACCAUCAUCAGCAAUUACCCCAUCAGCAGCAUUCGACACCACAGGGUAAAAUGAGCAGCUAUGCCUCUGCGCCCAUGCCCAAGUCUCCAUUGCGAAGCCCAUCACUUAGUCCAGUCAGUCGACACACAACACCAAUGUCCAAGACUCAGACCACCACUCAUACGACGCCGCCAAACUCAGCCGGUCUCAACAUGGGUUCAGGCUUGCUCACCCCCAAUACACCCGGCAUGAGCAGCUUUGCGCCCCAUCAGGCCUCAAAACACAUGAAUUCCUCGUCAUCACUUUCGAUUUCUGUAAAUACUCCGCGAAUGCUUGAUCAGUCUCCUGAAGAGACCACCGAUCUCGAGGAACUUGAACAAUUCGCCAAGACCUUCAAACAGCGACGCAUCAAACUUGGCUUCACACAGGGUGAUGUUGGUCUGGCAAUGGGCAAGUUGUACGGCAACGAUUUCUCUCAGACGACCAUAUCACGUUUUGAGGCACUCAAUCUGAGCUUUAAGAACAUGUGCAAGCUCAAGCCACUGCUGCAAAAGUGGCUCGAGGAUGCAGAUACCAGUAUUUCAAAACCUGGAGGGAUCUUUGGACUAAGUGCCCUACAGAACCCUCUAACGACGCCCGAGAAUAUGGGCCGACGGCGCAAGAAGCGGACUUCCAUAGAGACCAAUGUUCGUGGUGCCCUCGAGAAAGCUUUCAUGAUCAACUGUAAGCCUACCAGCGAAGAGAUUUCCAACCUCGCCGACUCCCUGUGCAUGGAAAAGGAGGUGGUGCGAGUGUGGUUUUGCAAUCGCCGGCAAAAGGAGAAGCGCAUCAAUCCCGCCCUUGACAUGGACAGUCCGACCGGAACUCCCGUCAGCAGUCAUGGCAAUAUGUUUGGUCUACCAACACUCAGUCGAAACCCUCUGAAUGGCUUGGAUAGCAGUUCGAUGGGCAGUCUUUCACCGCACUAUCAACAGAUGCCGGUCAUCAAGCAUGAAUGACAGCCACUGAAUGGUUGGUAUCCAUCAUCCAAUCAGGUCGGAUUCGAUUUUAUGACAGCCAGUGAAAGUUUCCUCGAAUAGUUCCUACGUGAGCUCAUUACAGCAGCGCCCUCUAUUUCUAUUGUAUUGUAUUGUUUUCUUCAUUGAACGUGCGUGAAUUUCGUCUGGCGCCCAACUCAGGCCCCCCAUCAAUCUUUGUACAAAGCUAAACUUAUCAGCCCUUCUUCCAAAUUCGGACCUAGGUGAAAAUCUUUUUAAAAACAAAAACGAAAAUAUCCUUUGAUUGUUGUAAAUGUUAAACCAGUAGCCAUACUUCUUAAACAUUCCACUGUGAGUUCAUAUCAUUAAUAGUUUUACACACUGUAAAAAUAAUACGUAGACAAACAAAACUAUAGAAACUAUAAAAAGAUAUGUCCAUUUUUACCAAAUAAAAUAUAAAAUAAAUUUAAAAUAAUAAAACUAAAUAUGAACUAUAUUAUAAAAAUAUUUAUCGAAUUUAUUAUAGUAGAAGAAUAACAAAAAUUAAUAAUAAAAUAAGCACAAAAUGAUGUACCCACUUUGAGUAUACAAUUGUAAAGGAAGAUAAUUUAUGUAAAUGUAAGUAAAUAUUGUAAACUCUUAGAAUAUAUUAUAUUGUUUAACUUAUAAGAAUGUACAUUUAAAACACAACAGAAAAGAAACAAACAAAAAUGUCAACCUAGCUGUCAAAUUGACAAUUAACCGAAAGUGACAUUUGUGUAUCAAUGUGAGUAUAAUUAUAGUUAAAAUAAAAUAAAACAAAAAAGAAUUUAAUUGUUUAAAAUAAAAUUAGAAAAGUAUUAAAUAACA